GGGCUGAUUUUGCUUUUUGAAGCCACAAGUUAAAGUUGAUAGUGUGCAGCAGAUGUACACAUUUUACUGCUGAUGAUUCAAAGUGGGUUAUUGUGCGCAUAAAACAGGAAACGAGUUGGCCUCAUCUCAGCCGGGACCCAUUACGCACGUCUACACAGACUGGAGAAAGCGGAAAGUUUACAAGUCUAACUUUCAGAUUUCACUUUAAGAAGUUCUGUGACAUACGACUUGAACGAUGGCAGCUAAGAUGCUUGCUCGCGCGAGGACUAAGUUUGUGGAAAAGGUGUCCAAAGUGGUGCUCACUCAGCUCCUGGAUGACCUUUUAGAUGACGGUGUCUUGAAUGACGGGGAGAAAGAUUCAAUACUUGAGGAGAACAUGAGCAAAGCAGACAAGGCACGCGAUCUUGUAGACACAGUGAAGAAGAAAGGGGACGAAGCCAGCAGGAAGAUGAUUGCUCACCUUAAAGAUAGAGACGCUACACUUUACUCUGAGCUGGGUCUGUCCUGUAGUCAGCCUGCUCAGCCUGCUGCACAGCCAAAGAUGAAAAUGGAGUGGUCACCUACACUGGUCCACAGCACUGAUUCAUUCUGGAGGGAGAAAAUGAAUGACUCAGAUAUUUACCCUGUGGACAGAAAUUCCAUUAGAAACCGUGUGGCUCUGCUGAUCACUAAUAUGCAGUUUGCUAAUGAGAAAUUAAACAGAAAAGGUGCUGAGAAAGAUGAGAAGAACAUGGAAAAACUGCUCUCAGAUUUAAGCUAUGACGUGGUGAAACACAAAAACCUCACUGCAAAGGACAUUGACAAGGCCCUGGUCGAGUUCUCUAAACAUCCAAAACUCAAAGAGACAGACAGUGUGUUGGUGAUUAUCAUGUCUCAUGGGAAACUGGGAGAAGUACUAGGUGUCAACUGCGAAAAUGAGGAGUCAACAGAUGUGUUCCCCAUUGACAACAUUUACAAACACUUGGGUCCAGAGAAAUGUCCAGCGCUGCUGAACAAACCCAAGAUCCUCAUCAUCCAGGCCUGCAGAGGAGGUGGGAGAGGACAUGUGUUUGUUAGUGAUAAUGCGGCCCAAGCUCUGGAUUCUGACACUGUGCCACAUGAUGCUGAAGACGACGUGGAGGAGGAUAAUUUGCAAUGUGUGCACAAAGAAAAAGACUUCAUUUCUCUGCUCUCCUCCACCCCUGACACUGUGUCAUAUAGAUCCCCAAGUGACGGGUCUGUCCUCAUCCAGAAGAUUGUUGAAGUAUUCAACACCUUCGCACAUAAGGACAACAUUGACGAGCUUUUCAGAAGAGUCAUGAAAUGCUUUGAAGAUUUAAAACUUGGCAACAAAAGACAGAUGCCAACCAAAGACAGAUGCACUCUGACAAGGCACUUCUACUUCUUUCCAGGCCACUGAGACAGGAUUGGGGUUCGUGUAAAGAUUAUGAUGACAACAGUACAUUUUUAGUUUACCGUUAUUUUACAGAUUUUCACAGAAAUGAUACUGUAAAUUUACAGACAAAAAGCAUUAAUUUACAUGUUGACUGUAUAAAAAACACAACAACCCAACAACACAAAUAGUAAUUACUUCUUUCAUAAUGUGUGACUGUUUUACUGUAUUUAAAUCUGUCAGUGUAUGUUUUUCUGGCAACCUUGCUGCCAGGAUUUUUUUUAUCUUGUACCCGCAGAUCCCAGAUCUAAACUUCUGUCCUAUUUUACUGUCGCUUUAUUCUAUCAUUAUUUUUCCCAUGAAUUUGUGAAUCAUUUUGUCCAUGCUGAUUUAAUAAUGUUGUUUAAUGGUUCAGUUUUGAUUUGUACUUUUAAAAAAUAGCAAUGUAGUGUUGUCUUGGAGGAUUCCAGUCUAAAGGAAUCAAUUCCAAUCAUGUAGUUUUAGUAGAUGACACUGUUUAUUGAGUUCAUGUUUGCCAUGACUCCUAAUUUUAAGAAUCACACUAUCAGGGUAUCAAAGUUGCUCUGUUAGAAGACUGACACCUCAUUUUCUCGUGUGCUCUUUCAACCACUCAAAAUAUUGUUCUUCUUAACAUAAGAUGAUGGUUAAAGUCAGACAAAACAUAAUUUCAUGAUAAAGUGACCAUAAGCUAAAAUGUUCCUGUUCUAUUGUACAAGAUAAGAGUGACAUGCCAUGGUGUGAGUGAUGGGAAAAAGCAAAAAUACAAUCAUUUUCAAGGAUUAGAGAGAUUCAAGGAAGUUCUCUCAGUUUCUCAGAUCUCCAAGAUGUGUUUGGCUGCAAUACAUUUAGAAUAACUCUCUGUAAUAGAGUGCAUUUACACAAUUUGGCAUUACAAUAAACACCUUCAAGUGAGAAAAUCUGGGUGCUAAAUGAUUUAAAUAUAUUGUUCUAGAGAAUUAGAGCCAAGUGGCAACAAGUAUGUGUUUGUAACAUGAGCGAACUUGCCUGAGUGCUGAGGCUGCAGGAUGAACAUGUUCUACAUAGCAGAAGUAGCUGCUGGAGCAUAAGAAGCGUAAAUAUAUAUACAUACACAUCAAUGUAAAUUAAAUGUAUUUGGUCUGUAAAUGUACAUGAAUUUUGUUGGUUUGUUGUUGCUUUAUAAAAACUUUUUAAAUAAUCAUUGUCAACCUCUGGGGCUAAAAAAAACAAAGCCAGCGUACAAGUAUCAAAAAAUGCAGUUCCUCAGAUGGCCCACUUGAGGCUGGCUACAAAAGCGUCAUAGUCCCCAUAGACCAGCAUGUUAAAACACCCAACUUUACAGGAGAAAUAAACAUGUUUACGGACUGGUACAAAAACA